AUGGCGAGAACAUGCAUUGCAGCAGCUAGAGGUAGAGGUGGAGGCAGAGGAGCUGGCAGAGGGGCAGCCCCAGUUGGGAGUGGCGUCCCAGUGGUUGACCCCGUACCUCCAGUGGUCCCUAACAAGGCAGCGGGAGUUGCAGCCGCACCUGCCCGGCCAACAGCAGUACUAGUUCCACCAGGAGCUGCAGCUGCUCAAGGUGUACCAGACGCGUUGUCACAAGUACUGAAUCUGUUGCGUGGGUUAGCACAAGGCGGAGCUAUACCAGUGGGUCCAGCAGGUAGGGGCGCAGGGGUAGCGGCUCCAGAUCCGGACAGAGCACAGGCUCCGGGGGUUCAGCAAGCAGCAGUGGUGGCGCCUCGCUUGGAUGAGGUUCGAGGGUUUUGA